CUCAAACUUGAGCUCCGAUAAUGUAAAAUAUUUAUUUCAAAAUUUGCUCAAGCCGAAUUCGGUUCACAGUCUUUCGAGUCGUCCGCCACGGUUGGAUGAAACAAAAACAAAAACAGAUUUGAAGCUUUGACGGUCUUUCGCUUUGGCGUGCGGUAGCCGACUCUCGUCUCACAACUUCUGACUAGAAAUUUUCCUGCAUUUUCUUUCACUUUCUUGUCAACUGUCUCUCCCGACUAGGUUACCGGAUGUAAAAUCCCGGUGUCGUUGAGGGAGUUUAUGAUAGAUGAAGAAUAAUGGAGAUCAGAAAUUGUGUACAAGACUCUCAAGGAAGGAGCUUCAAUCUUUGUGUAAGAAGUAUGGCUUGCCUGCUAAUAGGUCAAGUUCGGAAAUGGCUAAAUCUUUGGCUUCCUUCUUUAAGAAGAAUUCGAGUUCAAUUUUAUCCAGAGAAAGAUUAGGCGGAAUUAGAGAUGUUUCAAUUCCUGCAUUUUGCAUACCAGGACUACUGCCUGGAGCACAGCUUGAUUCUUUGGAGUAUCCUAGAGAAGAUAGCCAUGAACUGCACACCUGUUUAAGAGAGGAAGGAAACGGAGGAAACUUUUCAACAAGUUUUAGAAGUAAUGAAUUGGGUCAUUGCUGGGGGGACAAAACUUAUGACGGGGAAGCACCAAACUCUCAGUUUAUUUCUCGAUGUGGUAGGAAUGAUUUCCACCAGGUAUCUGCAACAACAAAUUUGUGCCAGGAUUCUUCAGGUACUGCAAGAGCUAACCGGGUGGAGGAUAUGUGCCCAAUUCAACAGACAAAUGUAACAGAUGUAAACUCGGAUUCAUUCCCUAUGGAAGACAUUUUCCCUUCUUCUGCAAAUACUUUUAAAGCAGCUUCUUCAUCGUCUUUUGAGUUUUAUGUUCAUGAUGAAGAGGGGAUUAACCUUUGUGUUGACCUGAGUUCUAGUGCAUCAGAGUGGAUUCAAAAGUUGAAAACUGGAGUUAAUAUUUGUGAUAAAACGUGCCAGAACAAGUCUUCUAGUUUCCAUCAGGAGCUUGGGCACUUUGGAGGGAGUAACAAACAGCAAAAAAAUUCCUUUCUACAAAAUUUAGAUGCUCAACAAGUCAAGGAUGGCAAUGUGCCAUCUGGGUCUUCACCAAGUAAAAUUUUGAAUGAAAAUAAAGAUCCAGUGCUCAAUGAUCCUGAUGGAGGUGAUGGAUCUUCAACAUCUAUUGCGGUAAAACCAAACAGCAUUUCUGUGUUCAUGUCUCAACAUUUACUGGAAGAUAAGGGACUUGUCUCUUCUGAUCCUAAUUCUGAUGCGCAUGAUGGUACUUGUUCUUGUACUGAUGAAAAUGGAUGCUCAACAACUGUCAAUUCAGAUGUUAAUACUCCUGCGAAAAGAUUAUCUAAUAAUUGUUUUGCAAGUAUAUUAGAUUGUCCAAAAAGUGUUGCCAGAUUGGAGCAUCAGAAUUCAAAGCCCAGCAGUGAAAUCUGUGAGUACUCAUCUGUGGAGAACAGAUGCAGCCUUGCAAAUUCUCAUGUGGUAAUUGCUGGUUGCUCGACUGGUGGUGCUAUCGAGAUACCACUGUUGGAGGCUGAGAUUCAGCAGAAAGAUGCAUCAUUCAUGCCUUGUAAAAAUGGUGAAUUCAUAGAUUUGGUUGAUUCAGUGGACAAUACUGAAACAGAGCAAAGUGGGUUAGCCAAUUCAAGUGAGCCUGAUAUUGACAUAAGCAGGAAUCGUUUGCCUGCAUCUGUUGAUGAAUGGAAACCACGUUUGGCGACUUUUUGGGUUAUUUGAAGGGAAAGGAAUUGAACAAUGUUAUAAGAUGCUUAUGAUGAGGGUUUCAUAUAUGGUUGACAUCUUUGUGGGCUUCAAUUUCUAUGCUGUUUGGUUGACAUCUUUUUUUCCUUUUUAACUUAUUGGAAUGCUGCUUGGUUCAAUUCUGUAUUUGUUGAGCUUUAUUAGAGAUGUAAAGUUUGCUUUGUUGGGAUGACUUUGGGAACCUUCAUUGUAACAUUAUUCAUAUUUCUAAAUAAAUUUCAUCCACUUUCUUAUAAAGAAA